CUGUCUUUGUUUAUUCGUGUGUGUGGGAAAAGUCGGCGCGCGCUAGUCUUGUAUUUGUGAAUGAUGUUUUUCCUCUAAAUUAUGAAUGAAACUCGAGGACACAGUAAAGUGUAGAAGCAGCGUCGGGACAUGCCUGGACACGUCUCACUGAGGUCUCCAUUGAAGCAUACAUGGGUCAUCUCCUAGUACACAACCACCUCCAGGCUCUCCUGCUGAUGUUCAUGUUGGCCUCUCAGUGUCCAACAGUCAGUGGGCUGUUUGAGUGGUUGAAGCAGACACCGGUUGUUCCAGCUUCACCAGCAGCAGCAGCAGAAGCAGAAGCACUGGCUCCAGCACUUCUUGCAAAGGAUGCUCACUUUGAAAUGGCCACUGCAGACGAGAAGUUUUUGGCUGAGGCGAAGCAGAUGGAGCUCAGCCCGUUGGACAGCUGUCACCACCGGGUGGUGGCUCAACUGAGGGCGAGCUGUGAAAGUCUCUCAGAAGAGCAGCUUGCAAAGCUCGGCGUGGCACUGUUUAACUGCCAGGCCCAAAGUGAGGGGCGUCACAUGUAUCCAUGCACAGACGCAAUGUCGAUAAAGGAGUGCACCGCAGACAUGGACUCGGACACAUGGAACGCUUACCACAUAGUGAGUAACCGAGCCCGCGCCGUCUGCUACGGCGCUCGCCAGCAGCUCUUUCGCCGCAGAGCGGAACACACCGUCAACGCGCUCAUCUCCACAGCCACCAGCCAGCUCGAUGCAAUGAAGGACCUGAAGGAAGGUCAGCUGGAGUUAAAGGAACUGACUUCGGCCUCGUUGGAGAAGCUGCUGGAGGGACACGUUGCUCUGCAGGACCAGCAGGGACAAUUAUCUGAAGGCCAGGGGCAACUGGAGAGUUCCCUGAAGGACAACCUGAAGCGCCUGGGUCAGGAGAAGGCCCUUAUUGCCUCUGGACAGGAGAUGGUAGCCCAGCUCAUCCAGGGCAUUACCAAGAAAAUGGAGAACGUGAGUGAGAACUUGCAGAUUCAGGGCUCGGAGGUCCAGAGCAGCCACAAGGCGAUUGUGAAGGACCUCACAGAUGUCAGACACCACGCCCACGACAUCUACCAGAAAAUUGACCACAGCAUGUCAGAGUUUCUUCAGUACCAGGACCAGACGUCGCAGUACUACAUCGACCUGAUGGACAAACUGGAGCGCAUGAACAGCACGCUGGGAGUCAUGCUGCGCUACAUCGACAACAUGCAGAGUCGUAUCGAGGGAAGACUUCACAUGAUCCAGGGCUACCUGGGCUGGGCAGGUCUAAGCCUGGCAGCCAUGUGGACGUGCAUUGCACAUGCAGGCUAUCUCGUGCUGGGUGCCGUUCUGCUGACUUUUCUGCGAUGUCCGUGUUUCUCGCGGGCGACGCUGCUGCUCACUGUGCCUCUGAAUGCAGUGGCCGACAUCAACCAGCAGCCGGCACUGGAUCUCGUCAGCCUCAGCCUGCUGCUGCUCUCCCUGUCUCUGGGUGCUGACCUUGGAAAUGCUAGCAAGGCAAAUAAGGUGUCCCCAUUUCCAUGUCAUGUAUUUGGUGACUCUCUCUGUGUGUGUGUGUGUGUGUGUUUGCUGUACUCAGGUCACUGGUUUGUGAGUCAGUUGUGGUCGAGCCUCCGCGUCAGAGAGAAGCCAGCCGUCCUGCUGCCGCUGGCCCCGUGUACGAUUGUGAAACCACAGAAGCAGCCAGUCUCAUCCUGCAGCUCAUAUCCAGCCUCUUCAACCCCACAGAAAUAUGAAAAGCACGGCUUCACAGAGCAUGAUGACUGGCUGAACCAGGACAGCGUCAUAUCAGGUGACUUCGGCUUAUCGGCCUCGUCUCCCACCUGCAGGAAGCUGAUGCCAGAGUCCAGGUUUAUGCCAAUAAUUGACACGCCAAGUUACUCCACUCCAAGACUCCUACCGCGGCCCCUUUUCUCAGCGGAAUCGGUUGAUAUACCUCCAAGGAACCUGGGAGGAGUCCUUGAUGCAGUGAACGACGACUCCCGUGAUCUAGUGAACGACUCGCGCGGAGCAAGUCCUUCCCCGUCUCUGACCACCAACAGCUCUGUGUCGGGCCGUCAGCUGUGCAAUGGAAUCACAAAAACAGGGAAGGCGUGUAAGAAGAGAGCAGUGCUGGGACACGAGUACUGCAGGGUUCAUGAGGGCGGUCUCACCUCGUACGUUCACUCCUGAAAACACUCCACACUGUUUCUCUUUGGUAGAACGUCACUGCAUCAUAACUGUCCCUUUUUUAAAUGUUUGUUUUUAUUAUUGCCAUGUUUUUAAACAUCACAUGAAUAAAUUAUCUUUACUCAUCUGUAUUGGAUUAUGUUUUACUGUAUUAUAGUGAUCACUGCCCCUAUUCUAAUAAUACAAAGCUAAAUCUGUGAAGUAUUCCUUAAGCAAUUACAGAGUCAGUGAGUGAUCAUAACAUCACUCAUAGUCCAGGGUGGAAGGAAGUCAAUUGGACACAGAUAAUACAGAUUUAUGCUGGAGGGAAUGUGAACCACGCUCGCGUCUUCUAAGGUUGUCCCAUGUUGAUUCCAUGUUGGCAGGGGAUGCAUAUACACUGUGUUUGACUCCAGGGGAAGAGGAAAGUCCAGUGAUAAGAUUCUCCUCCUUGUGGCAAGGCUCAAGCCUCUACCUCCCACCCUUCAAGGCAGUGAGACUAAAGAAUGUUUAGAAAAUGUAACUGCAAAACGUCAUGGCAAGAUGGUUGAAGUUUGUUUGCUUUGAAAACAAAAAGUGUACUUGUGGGAUGUCCGUGAUGUGGGUUGUGUGUUUGCUGAGACACUGUUCUAGUUGUUGUUGUAUGUUUGUAUUGUAUGUGCAUACAUUCAAAUAAAGAAUGUGACUAUUUAGACAGAA